GAGCGCCUUAACCCCGUUUUUUGUGUUCUUUUGCUUAACUCUGUUUUCUUUUAAGAUCAGCCCGAAAACUGUCGCCGGCAUGAAGAUCCUAUGUCUGCAUGGGAACGGGAGUAACAGUAAGGUGAUGCAGCUACAAACAGCACCAUUGAGGCAUGAACUUGAAGACGAACAUGAGUAUGAGUUUGUGGAGGCUGCCGAGCAGGCGCCUAUGGCGGAAGGGCUGGAAAUGCUAUCAUCGCCCGGAGAGUCAUUCUACGCCUUCUACAAUCCUCGGGAUCUCUCUAAACUCCAAAACUCCAUCAAUCAGCUGGAUCGUUACAUAUCAGCAGAAGGACCAUUCGACGCUAUCAUGGGAUUUUCUGGUGGAGCUGUGCUAGCUGCCAUGUAUCUGAAGCACCAGCAUUUCCAGCAGGAUCAAGGCGAGGGUGAGGCGAAACUCCCCUUCAAAUGCGGAAUUUUCUUAUCCAGCGCUUCCUGCAGAAUGGAGGGGAGAACCGUGGGGGUGGAUGUAGAAGGCGCUGGUAAGAGCUUGAUCGCGAUUCCUACAGUGCAUAUAUGGGGAUCGAAUGAUGCAAUAGCGCCGACUGGAGGUGAAGACGUGAGCAGCAUGUGUGAUCCAGCACAGCGACAGAUCCUGGUUCACGAUGGCGGACAUGAAGUCCCUCGCCAAGAUUACUUGGUGGAAUCGGUGCAUGCUAUUCGCCGAACGCUGGACCUGGCUGAGCGCAGGUCUGGAACCGGGGGCCAAUACAUGGGUGUUUAGACGCACGUUCGGAAUGUACCUAGGUAUUUAACCUAUCUGUACGGCGAGAGCCCGCAAGGCAUCCCCGAG